GUUCCGUUUCUUGGCGCCAAUGAGGAACAUCUCAUUCAAGGAAUUGAAAUAAAUAUCCCUCUUUCCUGUUCAACAAACGAAACUCAUACAAAUGAAUCUGUUUGCUUCUACUUGCAACAGACGUGUUCGUAUAUUACCAACGAACGUCUCCCAUGUGGUAUUCACGAUUUUGGUGGAGGGGGAAUUGUUUGGUCAACGACGAAAGAACUCCUAAAAGCUCUGAAAACUAACAAUGCGCAAUGGUCCUCAGAUCUAUACAAGGGACGCGUAUACCCCCUGUGGCUAUUGCCUUGCGAGGGGAAAUGCUCGCCUGAUGCCAUAUGCUACUGGAAUGAAGCGGAACUUCUUAGAUUCUCCCUAAAAGACAACUGGAAUCAGGAAUACCUUGAAGGCUCUGGACGACCAGAAGAAGAUUACUUUAAUAUUUAUUUGGGGGAUGUAUUUAUUUCCUCCAUUUCUGACUCACUGUUGGCAAAAUUGCAACGCCAUAUGAGGAAUAACUCGAUAUUAUUUGUUGGUGAUUCAACUUUGCGAGGACUGAUGUACGCAUUUUUAAGGAAGCUGAACGGUUCACUUCAUUUCUGGGAAGCAUCACAUAAACUCAUUGCUUUUGCACGGAAUAAUGGAAAAUUCUACCACAAAGUUGGAACUGAGUGGAAUAAUCCAAAUGAAAUGAUUGCAUUUGCUUACUUUCCGGUGUUUUGGCAAAAGCGAAACAACAAAAUAAACCUUACUGCCUUUAUCGAUCAAUCAAUCAAGCGAUUUGGCCUGAGUCGAUUUGAUCUGGUAAUUGGAGGAACUCAGUGGUUGAACGCAAAUCAAUUGAUGAGCCUAAACGACUACUUACUUAGAAAUAAGAUACGUUUCAAUAAGGAAACUGCAGAGUAUGAAAUUGAAGGUGAAAUAACAGAAGCCCUGUUACAAGAUGUUCAUAAUUUGCUAAAUGAAGAGGAUGAUCGAGACCCCUGA